AUGGAGAAGCGAUCGGUGGCCCACGACUCUAGUAUCGAAGGCUGGGAACGCUCUGCGCUCCUAGGCAAGAGUGGAAAUCUUUCGCUGGCCCCGCCACGCGGAGGCAAACUGGGCCUGACGGCGGAGGACGAGGGGGAGGAGGACGAGGGGGAGGAGGACGGGGAGGAGGAUGAGGUGGAGGACGAGGGGGAGGAGGACGAGGGGGGAGGAGGACGAGGGGGAGGAGGACGAGGGGAGGACGAGGAGGAGGACGGGGAGGAGGAGGAGGACGGGGAGGAGGACGAGGGCACGCCGGCGCCCACCUCCCCGCUUGCUCGGCUGCUGGAAGCCCAGCUUGCCUCACGCAGUGUUCGAGGGGAGGAGGCAGCGGGAGAGGGAGAGGGUGGGAGCCCCCGGUGCGGCGCCGCAGGCCUGGUCCCCCGAGAAAACGGGACCGCUCGGACGUGCGGCGCCCCUGCGGCCUCCGGGCCAGGGCCCCGUUGCCGCGGGGGGACAUCCGCGCGGAGCCCCCCCUCCUCUGCUCGGGUCCACAAGGCCCUGUCGGGGUCGGUCAGAGGCCGAGAGGGGGCGCCACCCCGGGAACGCGAGGCGGUCCGCGCGGAACGCCCGCAGUGCACAACCCUGCCGACGGGCGAGCUGCAGAUGGGCUCAGGACUGCCCCCCAGCGCGCCCCCAUCUCGCCCCGAGCGCUCCCCCUGCGCGCCCCGACCGCACCCCCAGCUCGACCCCAGCGCGCCUCCAGCUCGACCCCACAGUGCCCCCCAACGCGCCCCCAGCUCGCCCCCACCGCACCCCCAGCUCGACCCCAGCUCGCACCACCGCACCCCCAGCGCGCUCCCCGGCUCGCUGCCCGGCUCGCGCCAGCGCGCCCCCGCUUCCCGAGGCGCCAGGACCUCGGCGGAGCGGACUCCCCAGGGGUUGGCAGGGGGCGCGCGGCCGCAGACAUCACGCGAGGGCGCAGCGCGGCUCCUUCCGGGCCCCGGGCCUCCGCGCGGGUCGGCCACGCCCCUGUGGACGUCGCUUCCGAGCCGGCGAGCGAGUGGGCGCCCUUCUCUUCGAUUCGCUUUGACUCCGGCUCGGCGCCCAGCAGGGGAGGCAGCUGAGCCCGCCUCCGUCCGUGCUGCCAGAGCUCCCGUUGUUACCGCCCUGGAGAAGCCCGGGGCUGCGACUCGCACAGGGCGAGGAGACCGCAGGCCUUCGCCUCCGCACCCGUCGGUCCGUCGCCGGGUCCCCUGGGCAGGGUCCUCUCCUCGGUCCCCCGUGCUCGGUCCCCGUGCUCGGUCCCCCGGCUCGGUCCCCGGCUCGCUGGCUCUGUCACAGGUCAGCCGCGCCCGGGCCUGGAUACACCCUGACUUCCAGCGAGCGCGGCGGACGGUGCACGCGUCCUGA